AUGUCUUCCAGAGAGAGCACCAGCACCGACAGCGACGAGACCCGCGUCGAGGCCCCCGCCACCGUCCACACUCCAGACCCGUCAUCUUUGCUCGAUACAUUUUUGCCUUUUCCCGAUAUACCGGCCUCUUCCGGCCAUAUUCUUACUCUGCGAGCCUCUGUCGUGGGAAUCCUCUGCGGCGUCCUCGUCAAUGCCUCCAACAUUUACAUUGGUCUCCGCGCCGGCUGGACCACCUCGGCCAAUGUCCUCGGCGCCAUUGUCAGCUUCGCCGUGUUGAAGCGCUCGUCCUCGUCGUUUGGCCCGCACGAGAACAACAUCGCGCAGACCAUGGCGACGGCGUCAGGCGGCAUGUCCAACGUCUUUAUUUCAGGCAUCCCUGCCCUCUACCAGCUCAAUCUGCUGACAACGCCCGCCCGCGACUUUGUCCGUCUGGUUAUUCUCACCACCAUUGGCGGGUACUUUGGGCUUCUCUCCAUCGUUCCUUUACGCACGUUCUUCAUGGAAAAAGCGGCCAGAGACUUGAACCUCGUCUUCCCUUCUUCGUUUGCCACGGCGGCCACGAUUCGCAGCAUGCAUUCGGCCGCGGGCGGGGCGGCGCUGGCGAGGGACAAGAUGAAGUGGACGGUGGUUGCUUUUCUGGCCGCCAUGGUGCUGCGCGUGGCUUCCCUGUUCCUGCCCAAUGUGCUUUGGAACUGGCAUGUAUUCACCUGGAUCGCCAAGGCACGCAUCGCCCAGACAGUGACCCGAUUCGCCGUCGCCGCAGAGAGCUGGGGCUGGGUGUUGGAAUGGUCGCCCGCCAUGAUUGGCUCCGGGUUUCUCGUCGACUUUGGCGUCGCCUGCUCCUUUUUUGCCGGUGCCGUCUGUGCCUGGGGCCUGCUGGGACCGUACCUCGUCGCCGUCAACUUGGCCUUUGGCGAGCCGAACAACAGCACAGAAGCAGCAGCACUGCCGGGCCUGGUCUCGUAUACGGCCAUGUCGGAUCCGUUCUCGAGCGCCGAGUAUCCGAGCCCUCGGUACUGGCUGCUGUGGCCCGGCGUGGCGUGUACUCUCGCCGUGGCCUUUUUAGAGCUGCUGUGUCAGUCGAGUAAGAUUUGGUCGCUCGUCUCGGCCGCAAUCACGGGUUGGCUGCCGCCGCUCCUCCGACGCAGCACAGAUGCCAUCGAGUAUACCGUGGUCGAGCAGGAGCCAGAUCAGCUCGACGAGAAGCCAGUGGCGGCGAGAAACGACAUUGAGCUGUGGAUGUGGCUUCCGGGUCUCCUCGUCGUCAUCGUCGCGGCACUGUUGAUUUUGCGUCUCCAGUUCAGCAUGCCGCUCCUCGAGGCGGCCCUGGCCUUGGUCCUGGCUCUGUCCAUGUCCCUGAUCGCCAUACAAGCUACGGGUGCUACUGAUACGACUCCCAUCAACGCAAUCUCCAAGGUCUCGCAGAUUGCUCUCGGCACCAUAUCACGGGCGUCGGGGGCGUCGGUCGAGGCGGCACAACGACUGAACCUGGUGGGUGCCAGUCUGACCAACAUUGGCGCCUGUCAAGGCUGCGCGACAGAUUUAAUGGGCGACUUUCGCGUCGGUUUCUUGCUUGGCACGCCGGCCCAUCUCCAGUACGCGGCGCAGCUCAUCGGCACGCUCGUUGCCUCCCUCGUAGCGCCAGCUAUCUUCCUCCUCUUCGCCACGGCCUAUCCGUGCAUCCUCGCCGGCGACGCCAGCACAUGCGACUUUCCCGCGCCCACGGUGGCGGCGUGGCGGGCCGUUGCCGUCGUGGCCAGCGACCCUAAUCCCUCGAUCCCGCCCUCGAGCGUGUACUUUUCCGUCCUCGUGGCCGCGAUUGCCAGCGGCCUGGUCAUUGCAAAGCAUCUGGUGUGCCGCGCGGGCUAUGCGUGGACCAAGCCGUACUGGCCCAACAUGAUGAUCUUUGGGCUGGCAUUUACGCUCCCGAACCCGCAGACGGCUACCACCAUGAUGGUUGGUGCCGUGGUGGCGGCUGUGUGGCGGAUCAAGAGUGUCAAGAGGUUUGAAAUGUAUGCGUUUGGAGUGGCGGCUGGAUUUGUGGCUGGUGAGGGUAUUGGCGGCGUCAUUGGUACCCGAUCACUCAUGAAAUGCCAUGACAGCACCAACCGGAACUCCCAGAAGUCAAAACACUGCAACGAGACCACGUACCCUAGAGACUACAGAGCUGCGAAGCCCAUCAAGACGUUACGUUCUAAGAACCGUAGACUGCAGCUCACAGCUGCAUUUCGUUUCAUCCCUACAGCGACCCAACGGCAAAUCCGCAUUGAGAAAGCCCUCGAGCGUGCAGUUGAAGUUGUAGGGCGGGUUGCGGCAGAGGGUUGCCAGGUCAUUGUCGUCGCAGACAAAGACGUACUCAGCGGUCGAGAGAAACGCGAUGGCGCUCUCUUGGGGGGUGAAUUUUGCCAUGACUGGGAGAUACAGGACAUGGAAAAGGAUGAUUGCUGGUUUGGCAUUGGGUGA